ACAGACCGCCGAUGGUCACACCAUUGAAAACAAACCCAGAAAAUACACAAUUAUACAACCCGAAACAAAAGAGAGGCAAAGGAGGUGUGUUAAGAGCUGCGGAGGACGCGAGGUGACCCUUAAACCAUGGCUAUGCUGACACGCUUGACCAGCAGUGGCACCACCACGGUGGCAGGAGCACCCGGAUCCCCCAAAGGUCUGCAGCGGUUCCAAAACUACAUUUCUGCCUUCUUGUGGCCGGGCACGCAGCGGCAGAGAAGGAAGUCCACGCAGCUAGAUGCCAUCGACUGCUUCACCAACGACCUGGUCACCAGGAAGACCCAGAAAUGGGAGGAACUGCGCGACAGCCUAAUGAAGAGGCAAACGUCGGGAAACCAGGAGACGGAUGCCAAUAGCAAUGUGGCAGCAGAGGGAAAAACGGUCAGUACCUCCACCAGCUUUAGCCAAAGCGUGGGCCUCGUGUCCAAGGGCAUGAUGACCGAUCUGAAGGCACUGCGCUCCCCCCAGCUAGGACUAGAUAUCAGAUCCCUGUCGCAGGCACAAUUAGACAACCUGCUGAUGGCAACGUUGGAAAUAAAAAACAAGCUGGACUUCCUCUACUUGAUCCGGCAGUGCAUUCGCUGCAACCUGUUGCCCUCCAAUGAGGUAUUCGUGUCGUGCCUGAAGUAUUUGAGUGCCCAGCGGAAGCUUCAGCAGUUAGAAGCACUGGCGGAAACAUGCCGUCAGCUGGAGCACCCCUUCUCACAAACCUACGCGGACCUUGCACCCUUUCGGGCUAUUGCCCUAUGGAACAAUGGCAACUCGGACGUAGCCCUUAUGACCCUACAUCGCGGCUAUGGGGUAAGUAUGACUUCUGAGGAAGGCAGGCGGAUGGCGCGAACCGCUUUUCGUACCAUAUCUGAGGAGACUCUGGCCCAGAAGAGUGAGGCGGUACUGGUUUCGCUGUUGGAGGUGGCGCGUGCAAUUCACCGUGAGCACAAGGACAUCUUUGUGGUGGCCUGUGUAUGGAAGCAAUGUUUCGCUAGCGAUUGGUUUUGUGACCAGAAAUCAGCGACGGAACUGUUUGAGCACUACAAGGACUUACAAGAGCUGGUGGAGCGGAGAGCCAGUCCCCUGUGCUCCUCAUUCCUGGGCCGCAACAAUAUAGAUGCCGUGCAUCGACUUAUAGAGGUGUUUCUUCAGCACCAGCAGCGAUCGGCCUGCUCCAGUUGCCUCAGCCUGCUUUUUAAUUAUCAAUACAUGCGCAAGGAUCUGCGUGCCUGCGCUGAGAUUGUGAAAUCAUGCAGCGAGCUGGAGAUGCCCCUUAAUGAGUUGCAGAACGAACAGUUCCUUAGUCUAUUCCUUGACCAGAGCGAUCCUAUGGAAUCUUCGGGAGUGGCCAGCAAGUACAAGGCACCCAAGCCCUUCCAGUACAAGUUUUAGAGAUCCAAGUUUGGAAUAUUAAGCCGUUGUCAUCGUAGUUUUAGCACAAGAACGUGUUUGCACCAUUGAGCAAUAUUGCAAGCCAUCCCCAUUUACUCCCCCAAGCAAAUAAGCGUCCCUUUAAUAAAUGUUAUUUAAUGUCAA